AUGCAACAAUUACUAGAUGAAAAUCUUGCUAACUCAGGUUUGAAAGCAGAGCCUCAUAUUAAAUCGAGGAUGAAGACAUGGAAAUACCAUUUCAACAUUGUGCAUGACAUGGUAUAUGGAAUAAAUACGAGUGGAUUCGACUGGGAUACGGAUGAAUGUUGUGUUAUUAACAAUGCUGAAGUUUGGGAUAAACCACUUCCCCAAUUUGAUAGCCUAUGUAAAAUCUUCGGGAAGGAUAAAGCAACUGGUCAUGGAGCUACUAAUCUUGGUGAAAAUAUGAUUGAAGAGACACAAAGAAACUCACCUGCUGAUGUGGAAGGGUUGGAAGAGAUUCGUAAAGAGACGCAACAAACUACUCGUAUCAAUAGUAAACGCAAAAGGCCUCCAACGGAUGACACAGAGAGCUCUUAUAAGGAAUAG